CACGUGACACAGAAGCGCACAAAGCGACCCCUUCCUUAUAAAUAAUAAUCCCAUACCUCAAACAGACACAUCGCUGUCUCUUGGCUUUACUAAACAAUGAUGCCGGGCUCAUCAUGACGAAAAUUCGAAUUAAAAACGACUUUUGAUACACUUUGAUAAAGAAACUGUUGACAUCAAUAGGCUACGAUUCCUGAGAUUGGAUAUGUGGAUACACUUUCUCUUGUCUUCAUGUAAUAAAUUAAAUCUGGCAUAUGGAUCGACGCAAGUUAUUUGUGCAAAGAAUGUGAAGAUACUCAGCCAUGAAGUCUGCUCUGGAUGGAAUAGCCGACACCACUUUCCGAACAAUAACUAACGGUUUGCAAUAUCUUGGCUCCAACGAUGUGAGCUACAGUGACCCGUCCAUUGAUUCUGGCUUUGCCAAGACUGGAUUCCAUUUAAAGAAGGCUAACUCUGCCCCACUUAGAAACUACUUCCCUGGAGUAGCUAGAGACGAGGAGCUCAUCUUUAAUGGCAACUCCAUUUACCAGACCAACUUCUCUGAUCUGGUUGGCAAUGGGACCUUUGUGGACGGCGGGGAUUCUAUCCAAUGCGGGGAGAACUUUGUGGACAUGGAGUGCUUCAUGAUUCUGACCCCCAGCCAGCAGUUGGUAGUAGCGAUCAUGGCACUCACUCUGGGAACCUUCACAGUGCUGGAGAACCUUAUCGUACUGUGUGUGAUCCUCCACUCCAGCACCCUGCGCUGUCGGCCCUCCUACCACUUCAUAGGCAGCCUGGCUGUGGCCGACCUUCUGGGCAGUGUCAUAUUUGUGUACAGUUUCUUGGACUUCCAUGUGCUACACCGGAAGGACAGCCCCAAUGUGUUUCUCUUUAAGCUUGGUGGGGUCAUCGCCUCUUUCAGUGCCUCUGUGGGCAGUCUCUUUCUCACAGCCAUAGACCGCUACAUCUCCAUCCACAGGCCCAUGGCUUACAAGCGGAUCGUCACCAAGACAAAGGCUGUCAUCGCCUUCUGCAUGAUGUGGACUAUCUCAAUCGUCAUCGCGGUGCUCCCCCUACUGGGCUGGAACUGUAAGCAACUGAACUCAGUGUGCUCUGACAUUUUCCCACUCAUCGACGUGAUGUACCUGAUGUUCUGGAUAGGGAUGACCAGUGUGCUGCUGCUGUUUAUCAUCUAUGCCUACAUGUUCAUCCUGUGGAAGGCCCACCACCAUGCCGUGCGCAUGAUGAGCCGCAGCUCCCAGAAGAGCAUCAUCGUCUACACAGCACAUGGCACCAAGGUGCAGACAUUGCGACCCGAGCAGGCCCGCAUGGACAUCCGCCUGGCCAAGACCUUAGUGCUGAUUCUGGUGGUCCUCGUCAUCUGCUGGGGCCCUGUGCUGGCCAUCAUGGUCUACGACCUGUUCUGGAAGAUGAACAACUUUAUCAAGACGGUUUUUGCCUUCUGCAGCAUGCUCUGCCUGCUCAACUCCACCGUCAACCCCAUCAUCUACGCCCUGAGGAGUAAGGACCUGCGCCGGGCCUUUCUUAACAUCUGUCAGACAUGCAGGGGAACUUCUCAACCACUGGACAACAGCGGUGAGUCCGAUUGCCACAGCAGGAGCGUAAAAGGCACAGCCACAGCCCACAAAUCCACGGCUAGCUGUGCAAACACCACUGUGAAAUUGGCCAAAGUCACCCUGUUGGUCUCCCGCGAGACAACGGCGUCUGCCAUCAUGUGACUGUGAAGGAAUCGACUCUGAAGGAAUUAUGUAGAAUAGUCACUACCCCAACUAGCACUGCACUGAAAGUUUGCUAAACAUCAACUUCUAAUUCAGUUCUUUGAAGUAUAUGUAGCUGUAGGAUAAGAUAGUGUUUUUUUUAUUUCAAUCUUUCAGAAGAACUUCAUUUAUUUUCAUAUGGAAAUAAUGGCGAUAAGCAUUGUUAAACUGCACAGUUGUGUAUUUAGUGGCAUGCUGAUCUGCCCUUUGACUGUAUGGUUUGUCUCUAUAAAGUGCUUGUAGGUGAAAUUGGCUGUUCUUUAUAUUGUAAAUUAGUACAUUGUGAUGGUUUGUAGUUCUUGUCAUAAAGCAUGUUGUAUGAAACUGUUUCGAUUUCCUUAUCUUUUGAGUGAUGCAUAAUUGAGGGCCAUGUUGUGAUAUACAAGAGUAGAUCAUGUACAUCUUUUCAAUGAUUCACAUGAUUUAAUCUUAUGCGGAGACAGAUUUCCCCCAACGAAGAACCACAACCACAAAUACAUGUAAUGUUGUGCAGUAUUAAACAUGUUGUUUCCCCCUCUCCAUCUCUCCAUAUGCAUUAAAUAAGUGUUUUUCUAUGAAUACA